AUGAGUCAAAAGACUCCACAUACCACACAGAAACGUAAAGGAACGUUUGCUGAAGAUGUUGCCGAUAAGAAACACAUGUCUGCCUACUCGGUGGGCCCAUUUACGGACUUCCUUCAAACUAGAAUGAUCGUUCUCAGCACAGAAGAUUCUGAGAUACAAUUCAAAAUUCACACGGGACUUCUCAAAUCCAAGUGCUUUUCUCUUUACCAGUUCUACAUAGAGAAAGCAAUAUCCACUUAUGUCUGCAUAGACACACAGGCCAGCACACUCUCUGCUCUCGUCGGAUGGGCAUAUACAAGGGAAUACCCCGAUAGAAACGACCUUCAGAAAAGUGAUAUCAAAUGCGCAACCAACCACGACGAAUCCGCCGAAUGCAAAGUAGCUGCUUCAAUUCUCAACGAUAUCCAGCUCUACGUGUUUUGCGAUAAAUACAAUAUUCCGGAAUUAGGAAGCCUUGCAGUCACACAUAUGAAGAAAACCAUGGCUGGGAUGGGAGACAGCCGGAUACAUAUGUCAAUGGCUUUUAUUCCAGCUGCUCGGCUGGCUCUUUCCAAGUUCAAGGAGAGCAACUCGUUGUUUUCGUAUUUUGCGCAUUUUGCAGCUUAUCACAUUGAGAAUCUCAGAUGCAGUGGCAGCUUUUGCACGCUACUAAGCGACCAUCCGAACUUUGCGUUCAGUAUUCUUCACUAUGCAGGGCCCGCGAAGGAAAAGCCUGAAUGA